CCAUCCAAAAAGCCAGCAAUUUAACCAAUACAUUUACUUCCUCUUCACCUCCUCCUUAUCUAUUUAUAUAUCCCAAACUACACCUCACAUGUGAGCAACUGAACAUCAACCAGCCAUGGACUGGUUCUCCUGGCUAUCCAAGAGCGGCCUGGAGCCCUCCCUAAUCUACGAAUAUGGCGUCGCUUUUGCUCGCAAUGAGCUCCAACAAGAGGAUGUAAGUUACUUCAACCAUGAGUUUCUUCAGAGCAUGGGCAUUUCAGUGGCCAAACACAGGCUGGAGAUUCUCAAGCUCGCUAGGAAGGAGAAUAGAGUAGGCCCAGGAACGCUUUCCGGGCUCAUUCUGGCAAUCAACAAAACCAAGAAGUGCUUGAAUAAGUGUAUAAACAAGUUGGUUUUCCGGGACGACGUGUCGUUUAAGGCGGCGCCGGAGAUGAUACACUAUCGAGAGCAUUGGAGAGGAGGGUUGUUAAGGAGGCACAAGAGUGAGGAUGUCAAGGAAGAUGAUCAUAAGCCAGUACUAACAAAGAGGAGCAUAACGCUAUCAGGACCUCUGGAUGGAAGGGUGCAAGAGAAGGUUAUGGUCAAUACCAGAAGCUUGAAAUUAUCAGGGCCUUUGGAUGGGAGGCAGCAAGAGAGAAUCAUGUACACAGCUAGGAGCCCAAGAUUAUCAGGGCCUUUGGACAGAAGGGUGCAAGAGAGAAUGGGGUAUACUGCUAAGAACACAAGAUUGCCAGGGCCCAUAGAUGGAUGGGUCCCAGAGAGAUCAAUAAUUACAACCAAAAGUCCAAUGCUAUCUGGGCAUGUAACGGAGGGAAGAAUGCAGGAGAGGCUGAUGGUCAGGAGUCCUGGUCCUCCGGAUGGAAGGGUUUCAAGUCCAAUGGUUUCCAGCAAAUAUAACCAAGAAAAGGUUGAUGUUGAUUAUGAUGAUCAUUCACUGUGGGCUACAUUGUUUCAUGAUAUGAAACCCACUUGAAUUUUGUGCGUGUGUGUGUGUGUGUUUUUUUUUUAAUUGCAUCAGAGAGAUAUUAUUUGUAUGGCUUUGAAGGCUUGUUUGCCUGUAUGUGAUAUAUAUAUAUAUAUAUGGAGUGAAUAAUAUUGGGAUUUUUCA